AUGUCGUUGAAACAAUACACUGCACAAGGUUAUGAAGCAUUUCAAGAAACUUUGAAAUCGAUUGGAGCUGGAAAACGAAUUGUCGCGUUGUUUACCGGCUCGAAAAGUUUGAUCACUGGACAAAGUUGGUGUCCAGAUUGUGUUGUUGGUAAGUGAUAUUUUGCUGGAAUCGACUGUAAUUUAUUCCUCAUGUAAUUUUUUUGCAGCUGAUCCAAUUAUCGAAAAAGUGAUAAAUUCACAAGAAAUUCAAUCAUUGGAUGUUCAUUUUAUUAUUGUUUUUGUCGGAAAUCGCGAAGUUUGGAAAAGUCCAGAUUCGCCAUUCAGAACUGAUCCAAAAUUGAAAUUGACUUGUAUUCCAACACUUCUUGAAGUCAAUCAAAAGGUGAGACAAUUUUGGGAAAAACUGUGCCAGGAUUGCAGAAAAGGGGCGUGGUUUCACUUCUUUGUUAUUCCAGCCCUCGAAAAUCCCUAUUUUGUAGGCUAAACGUCUCUUGGAUUCUCAAGUUGCCAACGCAAAUUUGGUCCAUGAUUUUCUUGCCGACGAGGAAUAA